CGAUGUUUAACUAGAUAGUCACAUCUCCGGCCCUGCCACAAGAGUAGACGCUGACAGACGCAACGCUGCGUGAUGGGUGGCUGCCCGAGCCGGAAGUUGCCAUAUCAGGAUUUCCGCAUCUAUUUCAGCGACAGGCUCAUUUUGGGCUGGGAAGAGUUGCUCUGCUGUCCUGAGGUGUCUGGGUGUAGCGUCCGAAAGUAUUCUGAGGAUGACCCUACUGGUGGACCUGUCGAAUACACUGUGAUGAGAAGUGUAUCCUACAGUCCAUACGUGCCUCGCUUCGUGCUGGAGCUGCGCAGCCGCAACGUUCCACGACCCGCCAUCGUAGGCCGCCUGGAAAAGCUGGACACCAUCUUCCGCGCAAAGACCGGAGAGUUUCUAUGCAUCCACCUCUGGAAAUUGGUGGUGAAUGGCUUGCAGUGGACGAAUUCAAGGAGGCGAUCCGUCACGUCCUCUGAAGGUGAUAUGCUCGUUCAGCACGUGGGCAUUGUGACACAGGCAAAGAUUGACUUUGAUCACCCGAGCGAUAUUGAAUGGAUCCUCAAACCAGAAAGUGAGAGGUGGAUCCAAAGCGUCAGCACAGACCAUCCCAUGCUGGCCAUCCAGAGCCGAAGUCGGGGGCCGCAAUCGUCGCCCUCAGACUUGGUUGCCAUUCGGUUGAAGUACGAUGGCGAGUUGGUUGGCACGGCCAAACAGCAGAAAUUUGUGAAUUCCGAAGAGGAUUUGCGAUCAUAUCUGGGUGUACAGAUGGACGUGGCAAAACUUCAGGACAAAGCCACUGAAGGCGGAGAAGACGAGGAGGUGGUGAGGCAUGCCCUGACCACCGAAGGGCUGAUGAUGUUGUUGAUCAGCCUCGCAUGGAGUCAGAGCACAUUGAUGUUAUCGGGCCAAGAUCAUCGUUAUUGGAAAAGUUUCGUUAAGGCGAUGCGGAGUCAUCCCGAUGAACCCGGAAGUGGAACGUUGAAUGGCUACCCUUCUGAGUGGAACGUCAUGGAUGUGAAGAAAUACUUGGCGCAACACUCUUGGUGGUUGAGAAUCCAUGGCUGGGAUACUGAAGCGGUUGCUGAGCCGCCUGUUGAGCCGCCAUCUCAGUCCCCAAUCUCCCCGGCGACCACCAUUCCGGGGGGGGAGUCGCCCUAAGAUUUCCAAGGCGAAAGAAAGGAGCAUACACCAUGGGGAUGUAUGAAAUAAAG